UCAAUGCUAGAAGGAGUCACCCCCGGUGUAAGAGAUGGUUCAGUCUCAGAAAUUAGUGGAGUUGCGAAAUUAAAAACAAGCACAUUAAAGCAAAAUGGCGGCCUCCAUGUUCUUUUUUUCCCCUGAUCGAUAAUUUUCGGCCGUGGUGGAAAUUUUAGAGUUUCAUCUUUUUGAAAGAAUUUUAUAGACUCUUUGUAACUGGGCUCGUGUUUCACCAUCAACUUGAUCAAGCCUGAAAGCACCAAUGGCAUUUGCGCAGGUAGUCAUCGGCCCACCGGGGGCAGGAAAAACUACCUACUGCAACGGCAUGAAAGAAUUUCUGACAAACCUCGGACGGAAGGUCGCUGUGGUCAACCUGGACCCAGCCAAUGACAGUCUGCCCUAUGAAGCAGCCGUGGAUGUCUCAGACCUCAUUACAGCCUCGGAUGUGAUGGACAAACUAAAACUGGGGCCUAACGGCAGCCUGGUGUACUGCAUGGAGUAUUUAGAGAAGAACGUUGACUGGUUGCAGGCUCAGCUGAAACCCUUGGCCAAGGACUAUUACAUUCUGUUUGACUGCCCUGGCCAGGUGGAACUGUACACACACCACAACUCCAUGCGGAACAUUGUGGCCCUUCUUCAGAAAUGGAAGUACAAUCUAGUUGCCGUUCACCUCGUCGACUCCCACUACUGCAGUGAGCCAUCGAAGUUCAUCUCUGUCCUGCUGACGUCACUCUCCACAAUGCUUCAGAUGGAGCUACCACAUGUCAACAUACUGUCCAAGAUUGAUCUUGUAGAAAAGUAUGGAAAGCUAGCCUUCAAUCUUGAUUACUACACUGAGGUGCUGGAUCUCCAGUACCUCCUGGAGUACCUCGGGGGCGAUCCAUUCCUGAAGAAAUUCAAGAAGUUGAAUGAGGCCCUGAUUGGCCUGGUCCAGGACUACAGUCUGGUCUCAUUCAUCACACUGAAUGUACAGGACAAAGAAAGCAUGCUGGAUGUUCUGAAGGUGGUUGACAAAGCCAACGGCUACGUCUUUGGGGAUUUGGAGGAACGGAAUAUGCAGGCGCUCAUGUCCUGCGCGGUGGGAGCCGACUUUGAGUACUUCAAGACAGCUUCUGCACAGGAGAAAUAUGUCAAAGGAGACAAAGAUGUAGCAAACGUGAUGGAACAUUGUGAUAUGAGUGAUGAGGAAAGCUGACAAUAAAUAUGCACAUCAACAUAUGUAAGAAUAGUGUUAAAACACAUCAACAUUUUGAUAUACUUUCUUGUAUCAUGGGAUAUGCACAGAAUGUCAUAAUGGUCUAUACUGUGCACAGUCAAAUGAGGGCGCUUUAUACAUGCAACCAGAAACUUGGAUGAGAACUGUUCAAAUUCCUCAUUAUGGGUAUUAUAUGUAUCCGGGACUCUCACUGGCAACAUUGUUUGUACAUGGAGCUGCCACAAGAGGGAGCUAGAGUGGUUCAGGAGGGCACUUUUGCUGCCAUUAUUUGUCACAUGGAUGCCUCCCCCCUCAACAAAGGAGAAAUGUAUGUGAAAGAUGGGAAUAGAUUUUUAAAUAAAGGCAAAUUUGUAAAACUGAUGCAUAGCUGAAGUUUUGAUUGAAUACUCAAGUACAAGUCUUAAUAAAAUUGUUUUCACUAAUUUCAAGUAACAUUCAUUGUCAGUAAUGGCAAAAGUGUGUCAUAAAUCAAACAGUAUUUUGACAUUUGUAUGUUUCUUUUACUAUUUACUUUAUUCCGUCUUGGCCUUUUUGAGUCAAUAUCCGUGUACAUAUCACUCACAGUGUAGUUACGAACUCAGUACUUUUGAAUACGGAACAGAAUUACAAAACGUGUAUUGAUAUGCAAUGACGUCAUGUUAUGUGACUUUGCAUUCCUUUCCAACCUUCUCUGCCUUACUAUUGUACAGAAUAUUUAUAAUGUAUGGACCCAGCCCCAAUUAGAUACCAGAGCCCCGGCAAGUGCCAAACCAACUACAAUCUGGUAAUGAAUAUUUAAUGACUUUUCUGGGCAGAGCCUGUUCCCAAAGGAAACAGUAAAAUCAAUUGGGAGAGUCGAUUGAUUUCAGGCCAGAAAAUCAAUCCGUUUUAGAAUUGGGUCACAGGGUCACCAGUUGAUGUCAUUGCAUUGUGUCGUCCUGUUUGGGGCUUAAUGUUUACAAAUACAUUUCAUGUAAUUAGCGUGCCUUCAGGAUAUUUUGGUAUGGGUCUCUCAGUAGCGACAUUGUACUUCAUGAAGUUUAAAAAUGAAGAAUUAUUUGAACAGGCACAAAAUAAUGCCAAAUAGACUCCAAGAUACUGAAUUUGUUUUCAUGAUGUUUUGGUUGUAUUGUUAUCACUUUUUGAGAUUUUUUAUAUUUGCGACAUGGCAUCUUCUAAAGUUCUGGCAGUACAUGUUCCCAGAUAAACCACACAACACCGAUCUAAUUAAGUAAAAAUGCACACGACCGAUGAGAUCACUGGACUCAGUCCAGCCGUCCAAUGGGUAUUCCGAGCCCUAACAAAGCCGUCAGAGAACAUUUAUCUAUUGGGAAGAAUCUUUCCACAGAGGCAGUGGUGUAAAUUUAUGGGGAUGGUGCCAUAACUCCCUUCUCAGAAGAGUUAACAAAAAUAUUAAUACAUGUAAUAGAAAUGGGAGUUUCCCCAUCUUUGUUUACUUGCGUCUGCUAGAUCGUGUGCUUGCCACCGCUCCCCCUCACGAGCAAAAUCGUGCAUAGGGCACUGUACAGAGGAUUAAAUGGGAUGAAAAGAUAUUAAUUGUAGUGCUUACACGUGAUGAAUGGCAUUCGGUCAUAUGCCUACUUAUAUCUCAAAUUAUCUUGUCAUUAUGUUGCCCAAACAAUUGAUCGUGCUAUUAAGGUCGGACCGAACCGGACUGUUUUGUUUGUCUUAGGAAUUAGCUGUUUGUGUCCGGUUCGAGACAGUGUUUGCACUUUGUUCUGAAAUGCAGUUACGAAAUUAGGCGAUUUGAAUGUAUAAAUAUGAGGAUUUAUGAAACUCAAAGGCCGUUGUAAUUAACACUACUGCGGGUCGUUACAGAACUGUGGAUUAUGUGAA